CUAAUAUGUCUUCUUCAUACCCUGGUGAUACUGCAACGUGUAAUGUUGUCAAUCAAGAUCUUUUCGGUUGUUUUCUUAUCUGCCCUGGUCUUCGCUGAGGAUGAGGGCAGUUGUCGAUCCUAUGCUGGAGGAGAAGUAUAUCCAGCCCAAGCCAAAGCUUCUGGACAUUCUUUACAUUGGAGCAAAGCUCAAAUUCAAAAACCGGCCCCAGCAUGGGAAGGCACAGCCGUUGUAAAUGGUGAAUUUAAAGAAUUAAAAUUGUCUGAUUAUAAAGGAAAAUAUUUGGUUUUCUUUUUCUAUCCUUUGGAUUUCACAUUUGUCUGCCCAACCGAGAUAAUUGCCUUCAGUGAUAGAGCUGAUGAAUUUAGAAAGAUCGGUGCUGAAGUUGUUGGAGUCUCAAUUGAUUCCCAGUUUACACAUUUGGCUUGGAUUAACACCCCAAGAAAUCAAGGUGGAUUGGGUCCAAUGAACAUUCCAUUACUGUCGGAUCUUACCCACAAAAUCUCAAAAGACUAUGGAGUUUACCUUGAAGAUGCAGGUCACACUUUAAGAGGGCUUUUCAUUGUCGACAAUAAAGGAAUUUUGAGACAAAUAACGAUGAACGAUCUCCCAGUCGGAAGAUCUGUUGAUGAAACUCUUCGUUUGGUACAGGCCUUCCAAUAUACCGAUCAACAUGGAGAAGUUUGCCCAGUUGGGUGGAAGCCUGGUUCGGAUACCAUCAUCCCAAAUCCACAAGAAAAAUUGAAGUACUUUGAAAAGGUUAAUCCAUAA